AUGGUGUCAUAUUUUACAGUUGAUGCUAGUGGCGAAGGUACGAAUUACCAAAAAGAAAUAUCAAAUAUGAUGCACGGGUUCGGCGAUAAUCCGAAUCCGAAUGCCGCUACUGUUGUUUUAGUCGAAAACAUAGUUUUGCAACAAUUGAGAAUGAUGUUACAAGAAGCUAGUAACAAUGCAAUAAAGAGAGGCGCCAAAUCGAUAUCAAAUUGCGAUAUUAUAUAUUUAAUGAGAAAAAAUCCCGUCAAACUGAAAAGGCUUUACGAUUAUCAAAUAAAGUUGGACCGUAUUGACAAGAAUCGUCAAUCAGCUCCCAGUAUUACUACAGAAACCAUAUUGCCAGGUAUUAUUUUAGAAGACGAUAAAGAUCCUACUAUAAAGAAGAAACGCACUCAUAUUUACGUCAUAGAGGAGAUGGAUGAAACCGAUGAAGUAAAGCAAAUUAAAUUUGACCGCAUAGAGUAUUUGAGGAAAGUGCGUGCAGCAAAAAUAACAGAAGCUAUGUCCUUUGAGAAGUAUGAAGCAUAUCAUAAAGCUAGAUGUACUUCAUUCCGUUCUGGUUAUGGUCUGAGCAAGGGUUUUGUUAAACUAGAAAAAUGGGUCAAUCCUACAAAAGAAUUGAAGAUUAAUCAGAAUGCUUUAGAAGUCUUGUGUUUCUUAGCAUAUGAAACAGUAGCUGAUAUUGUUGAUGCUGUAUUUUUAAUACGACAAGAUGGUAAGAAAAAGUAUGGAGAUCCGUUCAGUAAGUUUGAAGGGGGACAUUUCUGUAAUCCACAGAGUUUAAACAAUGCUGUAUAUAUUAAAACUGGCUAUGAAGGUGUACCAGCAAUUACAGUUGCUGAGGUGAGAGAAGUUUUGAGGAGAUAUUACACACCAACAGUUGGUUUACGAGGACAGUUUUAUAGAAGCAUGAGUUUGGAUCUACCUUCAAGAUAUAUUGCUAUAUAA